UUAGCAGCUUCAGGGCUCUGCUACUCUGUGUUUGUAGACUCCUCAGAUCAACAUGAAGCUGCCAGGACUGCUGCCUGGGUUUUUACUCCUCUGUACUUCCCUGGGAAGCUCCGAGGGGUCUCACCCUAAACCGGCCUGCCGCUAUCCACCUUCACAGUGGUGUCGGUCCCUGGAGAUAGCAAUAGCAUGCAAUGUUCAGAAGCAGUGUAUGGAGUUAAAUGCUACUAAACCGAGCCGGGCUGUUCCUCCUGUGUCCGUCACUCUGUACUAUGAGAUCUUGUGUCCAGGCUGCAGAGGCUUCAUCUCCCAGCAGCUCUUCCCCACCUGGACGAUGCUGCAGGACAUCAUGACCGUCACUCUGGUCCCCUACGGGAACGCCAAGGAGCUUCCAUCAGUGAAUUCUCCCUUCACCUGUCAGCAUGGAGAGGCUGAAUGCAGAGGGAACAUGAUUGAGGCCUGUAUCAUCCAUUUAACUGGACACUCAGCCUUUCAGAUCAUCUACUGCAUGGAGUCUGCUGCAAAUGUCCUGAAUGCUGCCCAGCCUUGUCUCCAGCUGUACGCCCCCUCCGUCUCCUGGGCGAGGGUCUCCUCCUGUGUGACGGGCGAUCUGGGAAACCAGCUGAUGCACGCCAACGCUGUCAUGACCAGAGCGCUGAGCCCCGCUCACACACACGUCCCCUGGGUCACCUUCUACGGGGAAUACACAGAAGAUAACGAGGACAAGGCAAUGUCGUCCCUCUUUAGCUUGGUUUGCCAACUCUACAAAGGUGUGAAGCCUCCAGCCUGCAACGGAGCUCCGGUCAGACUGAACAGAAGCUUCUGCUGAUCACAACGGCAAAUAAUAAUAUGCAUACCGUACCAAACGGCAUCAAAAUCACGUUUAAUAUAGUUGAUAACUGUGGAUGCGAGAUCAUGCAGUGUGGUUUUAUUUUGAAAGUGGAAUAAAUGCGUGUGACAUGUACCAUAGUUCUUUAAUUUAAAGUUCUUCCACUUGAAAGAAAAAUUUUGAGCCAUAUAAUAAACAAAAAAGAAAUUCAAACGCAUUGAUGGAUUUUCAUAUUAUUUAUUGGCAUUUUCAAUUAAAAAACUCCAGAGAGUCUUUUGGCUUAGAAGGAGAAACUAAAAUAGUUAUUUUCUUUGACAAAACAAAACAUUGGAGUGA